UUGAACUAUUGGCUUGGCAAGAAAGUAAUCUCGGUUUGCACCAGUAGUUUGCGUUAUGUUUGUUUCGUUAUUCUUUUAUCAAUGCUAGAAUUUUUUUCUUUUAAGAUUUGGCAGUCGAUAUCUUUAGGUCGCUAUAAAAACCAAUUUCGUGUAAUUUUGUUUACAACUGUCAGUUUACUUUUUUAUUUUCAUAAAGGCAAGUAAGCGGUGGAGGCUCACAAAAAGAUAUGUGAAGUUUAUGGUGUUGAUUGUUUAAUAGAACGCACUUGUCAGAAUUGGUUUAAAAAAUUUCGUUCUGGAGUACAAAACUUGUUAAAUGAAGUUACUGGUUGGUGUGACAGCUGUGCUGAGUGUACUUUUUUAACAACGUGUUAUCUGUGCACAUGCCUCAUUUCAAAUACAUUUACCGUGUAAAGUAUUAAUUAAUUUUAAUUGACAAUGACUACAGAAAUUGUAGAAAUCGAAGCACUUUCCAUAAAUGGAACUGGCGACGAAGAAGAUGUUGUAACACCGUGGAAUGUUACAAGCAAAAAUGACACCGGAAUUGAUUAUGAUAAAUUAAUAAAAAAAUUUGGAAGUUCCAAGAUAGACGAUGAAUUAAUAAAUAGAUUCGAAAAGAUUACGCAAAAAAGGCCUCAUCAUUUUCUAAGGAGAGGAAUAUUUUUUUCGCAUCGUGAUAUGCAUACUAUAUUAAACCUUUACGAACAAGGAAAACCAUUUUAUCUUUAUACGGGUAGAGGUCCUAGUUCAGAUUCUAUGCAUAUAGGACAUUUGAUACCGUUUAUGUUUUGUAAGUGGUUACAAGAUGUCUUUGAUGUUCCUUUGGUGAUUCAGUUGACGGAUGAUGAAAAAGCUAUAUGGAAAAACAUUGAUAUAGAAAGCGCUAUUAAGUUAGCACAUAACAAUGCGAAAGAUAUUAUUGCUUGUGGCUUUAAUUUAGCUAAAACAUUUAUCUUUUCUAAUUUAGAACACAUUGGAAAUAACCCAGCAUUUUAUCAAAAUAUGAUAAGGAUACAACGAUGUGUUACGUAUAAUCAAGUGAAGGGUAUUUUUGGUUUCGGUGACAGUGAUCCUAUUGGAAAGAUCGCAUUUCCACCAACGCAGGCUGCGCCGGCAAUCUCUGGAACAUUUCCUUUUAUUUUUCGAAAUAAAAAGGUUCCUUGUUUAAUACCAUGCGCUAUAGAUCAAGAUCCAUAUUUUCGGAUGACAAGAGAUGUAACGCCUAAAAUUGGAUAUCCAAAACCGGCUCUGUUACACUCCACUUUCUUUCCAGCAUUGCAAGGCUCUAAAACAAAAAUGUCUGCAAGCGAUAAUCUUACAGCAGUAUUUUUAACGGAUACACCUAAGCAAAUUAAGAAUAAAAUUAAUAAGUAUGCAUUUUCUGGUGGACAAGCCACUGUAGAAGAACACAGGCGAUUAGGUGGAAACUGUGAAGUAGAUGUCUCCUAUCAAUGGUUACGAUUUUUCUUAGAAGAUGAUGAAAAAUUAAAGAAGAUCAGAGAAGGUUAUACCAGUGGACAAAUUCUAUCAGGAGAAAUCAAGAAAGAGUUAAUCGAAGUCUUACAACCUCUUGUUGCUAAACAUCAAGAAGCCAGAAGUAAAAUAACGGAUGAUAUCUUAAAGGAAUUUAUGAAACCGCGAGAGUUAGGUUUUAUAAGUAAAUCAUAGUUAUUAUACAAUCAGCAUUUCGUACAAAACGUCCUUGUUUGCAAGCUGAAUUGAACUAUUGCUAAUUUUAAGUUAAUUUAUCGUUAAGCAGCACACGUUUAGGAGUCUUAACACAGGUAUUCAGGCCUUAAGGAAGUAAUUUACGAUGUUAAUAAAAUUAAUUUAAUUUUUCAAUUAUUUCCACGUUUCUCUGUAAAACCCAUGUCGUGAAUCUCUUCCUCUACUAUAAAUAUAAUUAUGUAGCUUUAAUAUAUAAAUAUAAAUCGCGAGAAAUGAUUAGAAUUUGGUAAAAAGUAAAUAAUAUAAAAUGACAAUUGAUAAAAUACUAAAAUUACUAGUAACGAAAUAUAACAUAUGUGUUUCAUUUUAUGAAACGUUUGAAGUAUAGCUAUGAUUGAAAAUGUAGUAGUACGCAAAACUUUCAUCCUUCCGUUAGCAAACGAUUCGUCCAAGAAGCUUUUCAAUUGGAUGGACUCAGCCGCAAGAAAACAUUUUGGUGGUACGAGGAAAGGUUCCUAUGAGCAUGUGGAUCAAGUAAAGUCGGCGAUGUGAAGAUAUCUCAACGGAAAUUGGAAGAUAUAGUGCGUUGGUGUCGGGUGGACGGAAAAAGUAGGAUUGGAGGAUGGAGUAGAAGAAGAAAAAGAAGUAAAAGGAAAGAAAAAGAAAGAGAGAGAAAAAGGGAGGGAAGGAAGAAGAGAAGGGGUGUAGAAAUGCAAAUGGGAAGUCCAGUGUUUCCAGCACUCUUUGAAAAUUGCGUAGCAGAGCCAGAAUUUUAUAUCAAACAGUUCAAUGUUCGCCGAGUAACCAGAGCCAAUUUUGCCCGAUAGUUAUUUUCCGUGCCAACCCUUUUUCAAAGCUUUAUGUUGAUAUUAUUCCUAGACUUUUGGAUAAUAACGAACUCAUCCAGGAUUAUUUAUAUUGAAAGGAUUAUAUACCGAUUGAAUGUGUAAGAAAUCGAAUAAUAAUAGAGUAUUCCUCAUAUAUAUUUAUGUAUCUAUUACAUAUUUAUAUACUAUAUAUAUCUGUGGGCGUUGAAGAUACAUCGAAUAGCUUUUUUUUUGUUCUUUGUUUAUUCUAUAAAGAUGAAUAAAUAUUUAUAUCUUUUUUAUCGAAAAAAGCGGGGUGAGAGGUUGAAAAAAAAACGAAUUUUGUAAUAACGUUGCGACCGAAGGCCAGCAAGUGACAGAGAAACAAUGGCUAAAAAGAUCUCGCAAUAAAGUCAUCCCGGACUAUCUUUAUUACUUGCAAAGAGUAGAUCCCUCGCUAAAGAUUUAACGGAUAAUCUUUAUUAUAUGAGUUUGCUUUGAUACUAUGUAUAUUUAUAUAUAUAUAUAUACAUAUGUGUCACAAGGGACUGUGUGAAAGUACUUAAAUAAAAUUGUUCUUUUUUUUCUUUAGCACAUCGUUCUACUCGUUAUUUUUUUUUUUUGUAAAAAUGCGAGUAUACAUAUAUGAACCGUUCACAGGGCCAAGUGGAUUAACUCCGGCUUAAAUAUUUUUUGUUUAGUAUGGAAGCACUUUAUUGAUGCUUUGCUCUUUAGAUUUAAAAUAAAUUUCCUUAAUAAUUAUACUUAAUGUUAUAAAAUGACAACAAAUUUUAUGAUCUUUGAGUAAUAAAUGAUAUAAUAAUGAA